AUGACGGAUUUUGGAGGCAUCCAUGCCUUCUUCUCGGGAGCGAGACGCAACACGUUGCGGUCCCGCUCUUCCUGCGACGUGCCGACAGAAGUACUGGCACCUCGCUGUGAAGUGGUGUCCAUAGGAGAACCGACACCACUGUUAGCGCCCGAGUCUCGCGACCUCGAGCGCCUUCGCUACGGCGAUGGUUCAUCUGAUUCUUCUGAUGAACCAAAGAUGCUACGACGCGUAGCAUCAUCCAUGCCACGCUUGGCAGGCGGCUUGGUUUCGAUCGCCUUUGAUACAGAUCCAUCUUCAGUAUCGGGAGAGUAUGAGACACCGAGCUCAUACUCUGUGAAGACAUGA